AUACUCCAACGUAAUAUUGAGGUCUUUGUAUUGAUAGACUGUAGGAUUUCUAGAGGCUACUUGGUACUAAAAUGUUCACGUUACACAGGAAAUGAAAAUUUCUUGUCAAAAUGAGAUGGUCAGGAACAUAGGGAUUAUUAUUAAUUUCUUAUCAAUAUGAUAAAAUCAUGUGAAGCCUACAAUUGUGGAUCUAAUAUCUAAAUGGAUUUAACAGAUCAGUGUUAAGUGCUGUCCACAUGUAAAGUUAGAUAGUGACAACUGUAUACAACGACCAUCAUGGAUUCCUUGGCAUCCCACUUGCCCAAAGUGGAUGACAAGGCAUUAGAAUUUGAUGUGGACAUCCGAGAUGGUCAAUUUAAUCUUGAGGGUAGUUAUUUCCUGAAGCUGUCGGUUCAAAGCCUUGAGGUGACUGAUUAUAGUAUGGUAACGAUAAGGAAAGGAAAUGAUCCAGUGUUCACAACUGGCUUCUCCGCACAGACAGACACUGUCAGCCAAGUGGAAGCUUCUAAAGUUUCCCGCUUUCAGGAAAAGAAGUUCCAGUUUAGACUUCCUCAAGGAUUCUGUAAAAAUGACAAAAUGCAUGAUGUGUAUUUGUUGGUGGAAGCUUAUGUGCAACCUAAAAAUGGAGGAAAAAGUAGAAAAGUUGGUGAGGGAAAAUUUGCAAUAUAUCCCCGUCCAAAUGCCCCUAGGAUAAAGGCUAAUGUUGAUCCUGGGGAGGACUUCUUUCAUUUCACAGAUGUCUUGUCUCUAUUACGUACUGUUAGCACAGACAGUGUACAGAUGCAUUGUGGAAGGAUACGUUGUACUUAUGCCCUGCGUGAGGUGCUGCCACCUCGUCCUAAGAGCCCUGUUAUCACACCUCCACCACCACGAGUAAAAGUGACACCCAGACGAGAUCCGCCGGAGAGAUCACCUGAGCCCACACCUCGACAGCCGCCAGGGAGAACCUCACCUUGGGGUGAAAAUAUAUCUCUUCACUUGCCGGCAUCUCCUACACUGCCACCCGCCAAUGAGGGCAAAAAGUUUCCAGAGGGCCCUCUCUUGGAUUCGGAACGGAAGACGUUCUUUACUGGUCAGACAUAUCGUCAUGUGGCCAAAAAUGGCAAGGAACAAGUUGACGUGAUUGUACAUGGAAGCAUCAGUCUGCCUUCUACACCCAAGGGAAAUCCUCCACUUCCAUAUCCCAUCAUUAAGAAUCUGGCUGCCGACAAAAAGAGAAUGGCGAUAGGAUCGCCAGGUCACACAACACUACGCCCGACCCACGCACCAUCCUGGGAGGAGUUGCUUACUGUUAGCAUGACAGACGCAGAUGCGGCUGGAGAUGUGCUAGUGAUUGCUGCGGCUGAUGGCCCAACUAAAGAGAGACUUGUCAGUUAUGAGAUCCCUAUGGCUUACCUAGAACCCUUCCAUCAAUAUCACCUGGAACUGGUCAAACCUGUUCAGGGGAUAAAGACUGGAGUCCGAACCUUUGUCACUGUCACACGGAAGCUUGACCAUCUUAUCAAGGAUCCAGCCUCACCUCAGUACCUAGGAGUGGAGGUGAUGCUGCGAGCGGUCCAGAAGCCAUUCAAACAUCCACUAGGCCCACUCAUUGCUGUGGCCAGGAUGGUACCUGACUAUUAUAACUAUAAGAGUGACAAUCUACUCUCACAUCCUCGAACUGCAGCAGUCAGUAUGACAAGUGUGACCUUUCCUUCUCCUCACCCGGCCUCAUUCAAAGUCCCACCCAGGACAAAACAUGGCUUCCCUCAGAUAAGUUUACCUGGUCGUCCUGACACCCAGCCAUUGUGGAAUCAUCCGUACCUAUUCUGUGACGAACGAGACAAAGCUACAUUGUUCACCCCUGGUGCUGCCUUAGUCCUAGAGUACUACAUUGCCACUGCUGCUAUGUCUGAUCAGUUCUGGAAAGUCCGCAGCCCAAUAGGCUACUCAGCAAUCCAGAUGGAAAAGGAUUUAUAUUCAGAACUCACAUCACCGCGGGCGAAACAUGGCCUCAGGUUGGAGGGCGUGCCUAUUCAGGUUUUUAAAGAUGUGCUAACUGGUGAGGAAGUGGAGGAUAUAAACGGCGACCCUCCUAAGGUUGGCAUGGUGCUGCGUCUCAUCACCACCACAGACCCAGAUACUAUGGUAUCCUAUAGUGAUAUAGACGGCCUUCCGACUCUGGACUUGUUCCCAGAUCAGUCGGACACCUACUUUCGCACAACCCCGGAUGUAUUGAAGGUGGAGGGAGAGGAGGGUAGUGUUCACACAGAAGGCUCAGCUGUCACAAAAGAGCAGGAAGAAGGUAGUGGGGAAGAAUCAGACGAAGAAGAUACUGAUACAAUCACUGGUCGACUCAUACCAACACCUCCAGGUGGGGGAUAUUACAUGAGGAAGCAGAAGAAAAGGCCACUCUCUCCCACAGUGUUUUACCAAGUCCAUAAUGAUGUUGGAGGGGAGCCGAUUAAAGAUGGUGAGAUGCCACCCCAUGGUGCUGUAGACUCGGUGCUGCCAGACUACCAGUAUGUGUUUGUAGACCCCCAGGGUAAGCAGCAUGCUCCCCGGGGCCGACAGCCGAGUCCCACAGGGCGCGUCCCCAGACAAGCACCAAAAGGUGCACCUCAACAACACAACGCACCAGCCGCUUACGCAAAGUAUGCUGCUCCUGUACAGAGUAUAAGGCCCCAUUAUAGAGACCGACUUAGACACCUCCCAGAAAGCCGGCAGCCUGACCUUGACAAUGCAUCUAUAAAUGUACUUGACCACCAGUCUAAGGAACUGGAGAAUUACCGUCUGGCUGUCCAGAAGAUGGGGCAGGAUAUGGUUGCUCUACAGGAAAGGAUCCGUGAGCUUGAGAACAACAAUAGUCAACUUCGUCGUGAUCUUGCAAACUACAAUGAUGCCAGCAAGCUCAUGAUUGAGUCUGCCGAGCUUGAUGGUCUUUCUAAACCAGAAAUUAUGUCCAGAUAUGCUGCCUUAAAACAGACACUACAAUCACAGACCAAUGAUCUGAACACAUACAAAGACAAAGUACAGAAAAUCCAGAACGAUUUGAUAGCGAAAAACGACGAAGAGAAGAAAUUAUUAAAACAAAGUCAGUCCCAGUCGGGACAAGCUGCUGUCAUACAGAGGCUACAGGAGAGAAUUAACAAGUACAAAAAGAUGGAGGAGGCCUGUAAAAAACAGGAAGUAGUUAUAGAGAAGAUGGAGAGACUGCUGGAGAAACAGAACAAGGACAAGUCAAGGAAAGGUGACAAAUCAACUGAGGCUAAUGAGGCUUUAUUGGAGGAAAACAAGCGCCUUCGCUCACAGAUGGACGAACUACGGGACCAAUUGAAAACGUCAGGGAAUGCAGGAGAUGAGAAGGAGAAGUUUGCUAUGUACCAGGCCCUGGAGAGAGCAGAUGCACGGGUGCUGGCUCUGGAGAAACAGCUCGCUGAAAAUUCACGACAGUGGGGGAAGGAAAGAGCUGAUAUGCAGAUCAGACUCAAUGAGGCAGAGCAUGGAUUUGGUCGUUCACAAGGCAUGGUUCUCCACGACUACCCAACAGCAAAUUCCUAUGACCCACGUGGUCGUUCAUACCCAAGUAGAUACUCACCAAAACAGAGACUGUCACCAAUGCCACUCUACAGGUGAAAACUACAUAUGUGAGAGACUUCAUCAUUCUCAUCACUAGCUGAUGUGGAGAUUACAGUGCACGAUAUUAGUCCAUUAUAGUAGCUCAUGUCAUCAGUGCGAGUGAACUAUCCUACAGACAAGCUGCUCUCAGGACUGACAAGUGGCCCUCAUGAUAAACAAGAAAGGAGAGACUCGAUCCAGACCAGUAGACUUUUGGUGUUUCCCCAAGUGAAGUCAAUCAUGGCAACGGUAAAAAGGGACAGUAUAGAGUUAACUAGACGUGUUUAAGCCUAAUAGUAUCAUUUAUAGUGUGUUCCAACCCAAGUUUGAACAUACAGCGCUAUAACUGGGUGACAUUUACUACACUACCGCUUAAUCCAGGUGUCCCCAUCAAGACAAAAUAAUGGAGACACAUUUCACCUCUUCAGUUACCCAUUCCAUAACCCAAUGUUGCAGGGAAUGCAGAUUGAUGGAUAAACAACUUUUGACAGAGUGUAAAGAAUAUCUAGGAUUGAUUCAGUUUUGUCAGAUGCCGAUUAUUUGUAAAGCCACCUUUUUAUUUUUCAAAAUUUCUGUUUUAUUCUGAAAAGAU